AUGGAUUCGAAUGCGACGACGAAACGGAAACGAGAGGAGGAAGAAGAAGAGGAGGAGGAAAAGGAAGAACUCACGAACGCGCCGUUGUAUGCUUUUAUCAAACGAUACGCAGAUAUCGUGGAGAGGUUUGUGUUUCCUCUUUUGACGAGCACGGAGUUACGAUUACUCUCUCGAGUGAAUAAAGAGAUGGAAAGUGUGGUGAAGAAUGGGCGAGUUUGGACGUCGAAGAACCGGUUGUCGGAUCGCAAGUUUAGCACGCAGUUGAGAGCGAGAGAUAUACAGACGAGAGAGAUGUUGAAAUACGCGUGCGAGAGGAACGAGUUACAACCCUGUCAUCGACUGGUUGGCUUUUUUAGUGGCCGUGGGCAGUUGGAGUGCGUGAAAUAUCUCUUGGAGGAGGUUUUUCGAUGCACGUGGGGGGCUGUGGAUCGAAGAAACGCGUAUGGGACAAUCGCGGCGGCGCAGAAUGGCCACUUUAAGUGUUUGAGAUAUUUAGUGGAAGAAGGCGGGUGUUACUUGAACGAGAGAGUGUGUUCGGAGGCGUGCGGGAUUGGUUCGUUGAAAAUGUUGAGGUACUGUCGAAACCAUUUCGCGCCGUGGAAUCACAGGUGUUUGGAACGCGCCGCGUUAGGUGGGCACAAAGAUAUAGUCAUGUUUCUUUUGAAACACGAUAUCGAUCGAAGGUUAAUUCAAUCCGCAAAUCCUGCUAUUUUCGCCGCCGAAGGAGGUCACUUGGACCUCGUUCAGAUUUUCUUCGACCGCGGCGUCGUUUUUGACGAGCGCGUCGCGGAACAAGCUUCGGAGAUGGGGUACCUCGAAAUUUUGCGGUUCGUCGUCGAAAAGGAUUUGCCGUGGCACCCGGUUAGCUGCAUGCAAGCGUGCUCACGACCGUCCGAAUACGUACGAGACGAGUAUUACGACCAAAUCGAGGAGAUUAAAGAACGACACGCGGGAUGUCGAGAAUUUAUUCUCAGUAUCUUUCCGAUGAUGCCGAUCAUGGAAGACGGCAUCAACGGUAUCGACGACGACGAGGAGGAAGACAUAAUGGACGAAGAGGACGACGGAGAAGAUGUCGAUGAUCCUAUCCUUUGA